AGAACCUACAGGUACAACAGUGAGACAUCACAAACUCAUCGACAUCAUGAUCUUCGCCAUCACAUGCCUUGCCCUAGUGGCCUCUGCUCUGGGUUGUGGAGUGCCUUCGAUUAAGCCACAGACGAUUGGCAGCAAGAUUGUGAAUGGACAGAAUGCCAUCUCUGGUUCUUGGCCCUGGCAGGUCUCUCUCCAGCAACCCAGUGGAUUCCACUUCUGCGGUGGAUCCCUGAUCAACCAGAACUGGGUUCUCACUGCUGCUCACUGUGGUGUCGCGGUCGGCUAUCAUCGUGUCAUUCUUGGAGAACAUGAUCGUGGCUCCAAUGUUGAACCCAUCCAGGUCAAACUAGUUUCCAAGGUCAUCACACAUCCGCUCUACAGCAGCUCGACCACCAACAAUGACAUUGCGUUGCUGAAACUUGCGUCUCCAGUUGUCUUCACUCCCCGUAUCUCUCCUGUAUGUCUGGCUCCAUCAACCAUCAACAUCCUGCCUGGAACUCGCUGCUUCACCACUGGAUGGGGCGCAACUGCCACCACAUCGAGUCCUCUAAUCCUGCAGCAAACAGGUCUGCCCAUCACAAGUCCUGCUGUGUGCAGACAGAUCUGGGGUCAGAGAAGAAUCACUGAUGCCAUGAUCUGUGCUGGAGCCUCUGGAUCCUCAUCUUGCAUGGGUGAUUCUGGUGGUCCUCUGGUGUGUGAGAGUUCAGGGGUCUGGACUCUGGUGGGGUCUGUGUCCUGGGGCACCAGCACUUGUGACACCCGUUACCCAGUAGUCUACGCCCGCAUCUCCCAACAGCGCUCCUGGAUCGACAAGACUAUCGCUUCUGCUGGGAUGGACCUCGAUCACAUCCCACAUUUAAUAGAUGAUAUAAAAGCGAGAGAGAGAGAACCUACAGGUACAACAGUGAGACAUCACGAACUCAUCGACAUCAUGAUCUUCGCCAUCACAUGCCUUGCCCUAGUGGCCUCUGCUCUGGGUUGUGGAGUGCCUUCGAUUAAGCCACAGACGAUUGGCAGCAAGAUUGUGAACGGACAGAAUGCCAUCUCUGGUUCUUGGCCCUGGCAGGUCUCUCUCCAGCAACCCAGCGGAUUCCACUUCUGCGGUGGAUCCCUGAUCAACCAGAACUGGGUUCUCACUGCUGCUCACUGUGGUGUCGCGGUCGGCUAUCAUCGUGUCAUUUUUGGAGAACAUGAUCGUGGCUCCAAUGUUGAACCCAUCCAGGUCAAACUAGUUUCCAAGGUCAUCACACAUCCGCUCUACAGCAGCUCGACCACCAACAAUGAUAUUGCGUUGCUGAAACUUGCGUCUCCAGUUGUCUUCACUCCCCGUAUCUCUCCUGUAUGUCUGGCUCCAUCAACCAUCAACAUCCUGCCUGGAACUCGCUGCUUCACCACUGGAUGGGGCGCAACUGCCACCACAUCGAGUCCUCUAAUCCUGCAGCAAACAGGUCUGCCCAUCACAAGUCCUGCUGUGUGCAGACAGAUCUGGGGUCAGAGAAGAAUCACUGAUGCCAUGAUCUGUGCUGGAGCCUCUGGAUCCUCAUCUUGCAUGGGUGAUUCUGGUGGUCCUCUGGUGUGUGAGAGUUCAGGGGUCUGGACUCUGGUGGGGUCUGUGUCCUGGGGCACCAGCACUUGUGACACCCGUUACCCAGUAGUCUACGCCCGCAUCUCCCAACAGCGCUCCUGGAUCGACAAGACUAUCGCUUCCAACUCUGCUGGGAUGGACCUCGAUCACAUCCCACAUUUAAUAGAUGAUAUAAAAGCGAGAGAGAGAGAACCUACAGGUACAACAGUGAGACAUCACGAACUCAUCGACAUCAUGAUCUUCGCCAUCACAUGCCUUGCCCUAGUGGCCUCUGCUCUGGGUUGUGGAGUGCCUUCGAUUAAGCCACAGACGAUUGGCAGCAAGAUUGUGAACGGACAGAAUGCCAUCUCUGGUUCUUGGCCCUGGCAGGUCUCUCUCCAGCAACCCAGCGGAUUCCACUUCUGCGGUGGAUCCCUGAUCAACCAGAACUGGGUUCUCACUGCUGCUCACUGUGGUGUCGCGGUCGGCUAUCAUCGUGUCAUUCUUGGAGAACAUGAUCGUGGCUCCAAUGUUGAACCCAUCCAGGUCAAACUAGUUUCCAAGGUCAUCACACAUCCGCUCUACAGCAGCUCGACCACCAACAAUGAUAUUGCGUUGCUGAAACUUGCGUCUCCAGUUGUCUUCACUCCCCGUAUCUCUCCUGUAUGUCUGGCUCCAUCAACCAUCAACAUCCUGCCUGGAACUCGCUGCUUCACCACUGGAUGGGGCAAAACUGCCACCACAACGAGUCCUCUAAUCCUGCAGCAAACAGGUCUGCCCAUCACAAGUCCUGCUGUGUGCAGACAGAUCUGGGGUCAGAGCAGAAUCACUGAUGCCAUGAUCUGUGCUGGAGCCUCUGGAUCCUCAUCUUGCAUGGGUGAUUCUGGUGGUCCUCUGGUGUGUGAGAGUUCAGGGGUCUGGACUCUGGUAGGGUCUGUGUCCUGGGGCACCAGCACUUGUGACACCCGUUACCCAGUAGUCUACGCCCGCAUCUCCCAACAGCGCUCCUGGAUCGACAAGACUAUCGCUUCCAACUAGAGCCAGUCUGAGCAUUUACCCUUCAAAGGAGGCAAAAGCAGAGUUUAAUCAUUAAUCUGUAUCACAGUUGGUCCUUGUUGAUGGUCUUUUUGUUUAUGACUUUUGGCCUUGUGUCAGUCUGGGCUCCCGUGACCUGCCUGUUGAGUUCAAUGUUUUGUUUUUGGUUCAUGUUACAUGUAACGGUUUUAAACAAUAAAUGAAAACUUAUGGUAAUGAAAUAAUGAAAAUAAAAUGAAACGAAUGCAAUAAA